AUGGGUCAACUGCUAGCAGAAGAAUUGGAACAUCGACUACACUUGGGUGCCGGUACUGACUGGUUCGACGAGCAGCAUCUCAACAAAGCCUGCUCUGGUGUCCAGCGACGCAUCUUGCAUGUCUCGCACCCACCGGCCGGUGACUCGGGCUACCCAUCGUCAGUUGGAAGCCACUCGCCGAACGAGCAGGUAAGGGUUGUUUACGACGUCUGGUAUACAUAGCAUUGGCACACAGACGAUUGUUUGUUGUUCGGCCUUAAACGCCCGCGCCCUCCUUACACACACAGAGGCAGGCUUGAUGUUGACCAUAACUGAUUGGAGCCUAUUUGUGUAUCAAAAUCAACACUUUUUUCAAUCUUGAAAUGGUUGCAGCCAAUUCCAGCCGGGACUUUGCUCUCUGAUAAAUUUAACAUAGCAGAUUAAAGCACUUAAAUAAGUAACAUUCAGGUACGACAAUACAUACCAAGUGACUUCGUCGGUGAGAUCUCCCAGAGUUUUCGAAAUUAAUUACUAUUUUUCCGUAAAUGAGUAUGCCUUUUUCACAGAAGUUUAUCAUAUUCAGCUAAAUAAUCUGCUAAAAUUACAGUACUGGUUGUGAAAAGUCGUUUUCCAAAGACCCAAGUUUAUGCUGAGGCCAAUUGAUUUUUAAAUUGAGAUCAUCAGUCUCUGUAUGUGGGCAAUGGACAGUUCCAGAGAACUGCGUGUAAUAUUUUAAAGUUGUCUAUUUUUGAGAAAGUCAGGUCAUCGCCAGAAUAGACUCUCGAAUCCAGUUUUAAUGACAUUUUAGAUAGCCAUAACAUUUCACUUGUAAACUAGAAUUCCGGCGUUUUUUUCCAUCUUAAGCCCUUACUCCAGCCAAUCUCGCUGGCUACCAACAUCACCCUUUAGUAUUUAUGUCUAGAGGAUAUGUCUGAUGCUAUCCGACAAGUGAAUGCAAACCCCAUGCAUGAUUCAGUCCUGGCCCUAAAGUGGCAUAAAACCAUCUAGUACUGUUAAAAUCUGGGAGCAAAUUUACCUAGUUCACCUUAGAGCAUAUGGCAAUGACCGUGGUUAACGCACGUACAGUAUAACACAUGCCUCAGUACACCAUCUUUGGUAAGUUACAGGACUAACCCUCAAAAAUUUACUUUCCUUUGGAUGACCAGAUUUCUCGCAGGCCCACCCCGGAACCUAUGUGCGCAUCUUGUCUGUUGUCAAGUUGCCGAAGCGCAUAUCAAACCUCACACCAGUCUACAAACCUUGGACAUUUUUCGACCGUGACCAGGCGUGUCCCAGGGCGUUGUGAAUCGUUGCAGCAGCCGAUAAGUAUCGGCAGUGGGUCUGAUCGCAGAGGGCGAAUCAUUCGGGGAAGACCCGUAGAAGAGGUUUGCAGUAGGUAUCAAACCACAGACGCCUUCUUUAGUCGGGCCACCAUGACCAUCGCAAAUCGACUCCAAGCACAGAAUCAAACCAUUUCUUCGAUGACGGAUCUUAACGUCUCUGCAGGGCCUCAGUGGGAUCCGGUGGUACAGAAUCGGUUUGAACAGUUGUCGCGUGUACGUCAAGAGUCAGGUCCUAACAGUACCCUACCCUAUCCUGUAACUGGCCGUCUUCCCUACCCUCUUGUGGAUCAAGAUACUCCCGACCUAUGGAAAUGUGGAUUUGAAGGCCGGACCCAGAAUCAACUCAGAGAAACACCAAGGGUAAGUUCAUUGCCACUGAAUAACUUUACUCUUUGUCACUGUUUAAGUCAUCAGGACGCAGAUUGUUGUCGAAGGCCUUUGUGUGUGGUGCAAAACAUCUUAUCACUGCAUCAUUGUUCGACCAGCAUAAGGAAGUCGUGACAGUACUAUUUUUAUUUAACACGAUCCUCUCACGAGGUCGCUGCGACACGAGUCAUGUGUUUAUUUCCGCGAGUGGCGCGCCCUGUGUACAGUGGUCGCUGAGUAACUGACUUAAGGCAACGAGUUUAUUAAACUCGUUGCCUUAAGUCAGUUACUCAGCGACCUCACUCUGACAAAUUUUGCCAGUUGACCUUACCUAGUGACUAUAAAUGAAGCUCCAACAUAGCUUUACCAUGUGGACAGGUUGAGACUAAAUGUUUACCGUCGCUAUCGGUUGCUCAAUGAGUUAAAUUUCAUAGCUACGUGUGGUGUUCUUACGUUGUCGUUCACCAGCGUUAUUGCUCUUUUGUCUGACUGACCUGGAGGCGGCGGCGACCAGUAGGCGGCUCUGCGUUAAGAUGCCGGCGGUAUGUCGAGGCGGACAGGCCACUCCCUCCCUCCCCCUCACGCCGCCCUUAGUCGGUUACGCAAUCUGACGUCUUCAGUUGAUAUCCGAGCUUGCAAACCGAUCUUGUUGUCAUGCGGGCUCGGGCGUGCACACCCCUCCUGUCCGCUGCUGUCAUCGGCCUAUAAAACAAGUCCAGGGACACGCACGGGUGUCAACAAGUUGACAAAUUUCCACCUGCGUGGUGACGCGGGUCAACAUCUGGAUUGCUCAGACCAAUGCCUCAGAAGUGGGUGGAUGACUGAUGGAAGCGGGGCAUCUUUAAAUAGCGAAUGCCAGCUGAUUGGCACUCAUUGUUGGGCAAAGUAAGAAAUAAGUUUUAUAUCCACACUUGUAGGAAGAUGCUAGGCAAUACCGUCCUCAAUAUCCUGUACUGCAUGACCAUUGCUUGCGCACUGCCUUCCCUAAUGACCCAUUAAGCCAAUUGGGAUAAAACAGAAUUCUCCUUUGGGAUCGCGACUCUCAUGAUAACUGACGUCGGCAGCUUUCACAUCUUCUUUUUGUAGGCCGUAA